GAAAGCUAGUGAAACACAAGAUGGAAGGGUGCUGACUUCAUUACAACCCAAUAUUAAACUUGUGAAGCGGAACACUACGAAGUCAGACUGCAUAAAGAUUUAUCAAAUGGAAAAGAAGCAUUUGUACGAUAUUUUUAGUAAGGUACAGAGUCGCAUAAGCCUUACUACUGAUAUGUGGACUUGUACCACUCAGAAUAGAGGUUAUAUGGCUUUGACAGCUCACUAUGUUGAUGAAGAAUGGAAGAUUCAGAAGAGAAUUUUAUCUUUUAACGCUGUGGAUGUGCAACACACAGGAGUUAACAUUGCAAAGGUACUGAUGGAGCAGUUGUACAAGUGGAAUAUAGAUAGGAAGAUAGCUUCAAUUACGCUGGAUAAUGCUUCAACUAACAAAGUCGUGAAGAAAUACAGAAAAUUAGAAAUUCAGUGAAAUUUAUUAGAGGUUCACCACAAAGACAACAAAAAUUUAAAGAAGUUUGCUUGCAAGUCAAUGCUCCUGAUAAAAAGUUGAUUCAAGACGUUGAUACAAGGUGGAAUUCUACCUAUCUGAUGCUUGAAACAGCACUUCUAUUUCGGGAAGCAUUUAACCGGUUCGGGAAGAUUGAACCUGAUUUUCUUAAUGUUGCUCCAACGAGUGAAGACUGGAAUAAUGCAAGUAGUCUUUCAAUCUGCUUGAAGGUCUUUUAUGAAGUCACCAUUCUCUUUUCAGCUCAUGUAUACUCAGCAAACAUUUCGACAAAUCAAGUGAACAUGGAAGAUUCAGUUGGUAGUAGUGGUAGUACUUUAUCUUCUCAAAGUUCUUUUACUUCUAGAAGGAAAGGUUUGACGGCAUUUCUGGAAGAAAGUUCACAACAUGACGUUGUUCGCACAGAUCUAGAGCAAUACCUAUCAGCUGAUGUUCACCCUAUUAGAAAAGGAAGUGGUAUUGAUCUGAAUGAUUCUAGUUUUGAUGUUUUGGGGUGGUGGAAAUUUCAUGGACCAAUGUAUCCAAUUGUAGCAGUGAUAGCUCGUGAUAUAUUAGCAAUUCCUGCGUCAUCGGUGGCUUCUGAAUCUGUUUUCAGCACCAGUGGUAGAGUUGUAGAUAAAUUUCGUUCUUCAAUGCUUCCAGAAACAAUUGAAGCUCUGAUAUGCACACAAGAUUGGAUAAGAAGUGCGCUGAAGAAUGAGGGAUAUGGGUUAGGUAGUACUUCACUUCAGACUCUUUUGGAGGCAAUGGAGGAGCUCGAGUCAGACGAUGAUGAUGCAAGAUCGCACAUUACUAUAGCCAUUAGGGCAGCCAUUAAAAGACUAGCUAGUUGUCUAAACAAUAAGAAAUUGAAGAUAUUUGAAACGGAUCCUUUUGAUUAUGAAAGUAUUAUCAACACUUUGAAAGAUUGUUCUGCUUUGUUCUACACUUUCGAAACUCCUCAAGAACAACCCAUCUUUGAUGAGUUUAUGGAUGAAAUUGAGGUUAGAGCUGCUCAUAACGUAUUAGAAGCUUGUGCCCAGACAGAUACGAUGGAGAAGGUUAUAUUCACAUCAUCUGUAACAGCAGUUAUUUGGGGAGAAGACCAUAAAUCCACCACCGCCGACAAAGAACUCUCUGAAAGGAAUUGGAGUGAUGUCAAGCCGGGUAACCCGUGA